GCCCGGCCUUUCAGGUGGAGGAGAGGCCUUUGGAGGAGGCGCCUGCCGAAUCCACCCAGAGGAGGGGGGGUCCGUCCGCUCCGUCUAGGAAGCCAUUCCCUGGGAGCACCUCGCAGAAGCAGGACAUCUCACCAGAUAAUGGGAUGGUCUUGACGGUCCCGCUGGAAACAUCUUUCCUUUGUGUUGGAGCAGAAAUGAUGGCUGGGCUUCCAACUCAGGCUCCCGUUUCCCUCAAGGAAGUGGCCGUCGGUUUCACAGCAGAGGAGUGGGCAUUGCUAGAUUCGAGCCAAAAAGCCCUCCACCAGGAAGUCAUGCUGGAGACUUCUAGGAACGUGGCCUCUCUGGCAGGUGAUGGGCAUGAGAAGGUGGACUGGGAGGAGCUGGGGCUGAUGGCAUCAGGAGGAAACGUGUAUAAUGUAAAAGAAGAAAAGCUUCAAAGUCAAUGGGAACUGAAAAGAUUUGAGAACAUCCAGUCAAAUGACGGAUGGGAGAAAUUAUCUCCUCCUCACCCUCCAGAACUCUACGGCUUCCUGACCCAGCAAGAUCAAAAGGGAAAAUGCCUGGGUUACGGGGAGAUAUGGAGAGAUAAAUCUGAUUCUGGUCAAGAUUGCAAAGCCCACACCGAAGACCAGCAGUGUGACUCUAGAGAGCACGGAAGCAGUUUCGGCCAGAUCUUCCCACUUUCUUUACAACCAAGAGUCUAUGCGGGAGAAAAACGCUACAAAUGUUUGGAGUGUGGGAAGAGCUUCAGCAUCAGCAGUUACCUUAUUUCCCACCAAAGGAUCCACACUGGGGAGAAGCCGUACAAGUGCCGGGAGUGCGGGAAGAGCUUCAGGGUCAGUGCCACCCUCACGCGUCAUCAGAUAAUCCACACCGAAGAAAGACCGUACAAGUGCGCGGAGUGCGGGAAGAACUUCAGCGACUCCAGCACCCUGACUUCCCACAGGAGGAUCCACACAGGGGAGAAGCCCUACCGGUGCGCAGAAUGUGGGCGGAGCUUCAGCCAGAGCGGCCACCUCACCGCGCACAAACGGAUCCACACCGGGGAGCAGCCCUACCGGUGCCAGGAGUGCGGGAAGAGCUUCCGGUGGAGCUCACAGCUGUCUUCCCACGUGAGCAUCCACACCGGGGAGAAGCCCUAUAAAUGUCUGCACUGCGGGAAGAACUUCAGCAAGAGCAGCGACCUCACGCGCCACCAGCGCAUCCACACCGGGGAGAAGCCGUACCGGUGCCCGGUGUGCGGGAAGAGCUUCAGCAUGAGCAGCACCCUCACCUCCCACAGACGGACCCACACCGGGGAGAAGCCCUACCGGUGUCUGCUGUGCGGGAAGAGCUUCUGCCAGAGCGGGCACCUCACCUCCCACAGACGGACCCACGCGUCGGGGUCAGGGGCCGCGUGAGUGGCCUGGGCUGUGGACAGCACUUCAGCAGGAGCACGUUUCUGGCAAUGCG